GGCGUCUUCCUCUCAUUGGUGUCUUAUCAGUUGCUUCAGUUUCUAAACACACAUCAGAGUUGGAGCAUACGCUUGUAGAGAUGUCGCGCAAAAAUGUCUUAAGUUUGAUUAAUACGGUCGUUUCCAAUUCCUGCAAAUGCCCGGCACACUCACAUAACUAUGGGUCCGUCGCAGCUGCCACACAAACGGGUAAAAUGGAAUACGCAUUUGAGAUGUCAGCAUCAACAGUGCGCUUUGGACCUGGCGUGAGCGUCGAACUUGGAGCUGAUCUACGCAAUUGGGGAGCGAAGAACGUUUGCCUCGUUACGGAUAAGAACGUAAUAAAGCUUCCUUCCGUGCGCGUGGCGCUCGACUCCUUGGCACGCAAUGGCAUCGCCUACGAAGUCUACGACGAGACGCGUGUGGAGCCGACUGACGCCAGCAUGUGGCAUGCCGCCACGUUCGCUCGCAGCAAACAGUUCGAUGCAUUUGUGGCCAUCGGCGGAGGUUCCACCAUUGACACUGCCAAGGCGGCCAAUCUCUUUUGCAGCGAUCGCGAAGCACAGUUCCUUGACUAUGUGAACCGUCCUGUUGGAAAUGGCAAAGAGAUCAAUGUCAAAUUGAAACCACUCAUAGCCCUGCCCACAACAUCAGGUACUGGGUCUGAGACCACCGGUGUCGCCAUUUUCGACUAUAAGAAACUGCAUGUAAAGACGGGCAUUUCCAGCAAGUACCUUAAACCGACUCUCGCUAUAAUCGAUCCCCUGCACACCCUAACCCAGCCCGAACGGGUAACCGCCUUCGCUGGAUUCGAUGUGUUUUGCCAUGCGCUAGAGAGCUUCACGGCCAUCGACUAUCGUGAGCGAGGUCCAGCGCCAGCAGAUCCUAGUCUGCGUCCUCCCUACCAGGGGAGGAACCCCGUUUCAGAUGUGUGGGCUCGUUUUGCUCUGGACAUCAUACGAGACAACUUCAUAGACGCCAUUUACCAACCGGAUAACUUGGAGGCCCGUUCUCGCAUGCAUCUCGCCUCAACCAUGGCUGGCGUUGGCUUUGGCAAUGCGGGAGUACACCUUUGCCAUGGGUUGUCUUAUCCCAUUUCGGGCAAUGUUCGCAACUACGUGCCAAAAGAUUAUUCGGCGGACCAUGCCCUCAUACCCCACGGCCUCUCUGUUGUGAUCAGCGCCCCUGCUGUGUUUGAGUUUACUGCUCCCGCCUGUCCCGAUCGCCACCUGGAAGCGGCGAAAUUCCUAGGGGCCGAUGUAUCCGGUGUGAAGGCUGCAGAUGCCGGGCGGGCUCUGGCAGACUCUGUGCGCGGUUUCAUGCAACGUGCAGGCAUUGAAAAUGGCCUUAACGAACUGGGCUUCAAUAAAAGUGAUGUUCCGGCCUUAGUCGAAGGUGUGCUGCCCCAGGAACGCAUCACCAAGAUGGCACCUCGAACACAAACUCGUGACGAUUUGGCUGGGCUCUUUGAGAACUCAAUGCAGGUCUAUUAAGUUAUCUUUUUACACGCCACUGUUUAAACUUUUCGCAAAAUAAAAAUAUAUGUCCAUAUAACAAAAUGUAA